CACUUCCCAACUCGAACGCUUGAGACCACAUUGCUCAAGCGAAAGCUCUAGCAGCUUAGAAGCCUACCACUUAUUCACCUUCACAGGUCCGACCUCCUCCAUCGCCAUGAUUUUCGCUCGCUCCAUCGCUCUUUUCGCUGGUUUGGCUCUGGCUUCUACUGUCCAAGGAGCUACGAUUCUAGGCGGCUACACGCAGAAGAACGCAACCAGUGACGAUAUUGAGCUCCUCACACAGGCGGCAAGCAACGCCAGCACAUACAACGAGGACGUGGACACGAGGAUCUGCCUAAUUGCUAUCGAGAACCUCGAGACGCAAACGGUGGCUGGCACCAACUACAAGUUCCAAGUGGCUGGAUGCACCGUGGAUACAGACGAGGAGCUGGGCGCCUGUGAUGACCGCAAUUGCGAGUACUCCAGCUACGACAUCAUCAUUUUCUCCCAACCAUGGACCGACACGCUCGAAGUGACGUCCAUCACGCUGGUGGAGUAAGCUCCUGGCAAUUACAUUCCAGACCACCUACUUUAUAAACGCCGCUUCUAGGUUGAAUAUAUUGAUUGAUGACUAGCUCACAAAUAAACAUCGGAUUCGCAGUUUUCUGUUGAAAAUGAAGAAGUACUUCAGAGUGGGAAGACAAUA